AUGAGGCCUCGCCCGCCGUCAUUGAUCCUGGGCCACGGCAGCAGCAGCAGCAGCAAGGGCGCUCACCUGCUGCUCGGCAGUAACCUGCGCACCGACCCUUCUUUGCACCACGAUGUGACCAGCCACCGUACAGCUCCUCGUUCCUCGGCCCUGGCUGCCUUCUUCGAGUCAAACGGCGCGCCAAGGCGAAACGAGGAUCGCGGCAAUAGCAACAAAGACGACGACAGCGAUGCCGCCAUCUCGGAGCACGAGUACCGCCUCCGCGUGGGCGCCGCCUGCCGCCUCCUCAUCGACACGCUGCCCGACUUUAUGCAGCGCGGCGCCGUCGACAUCGACGAUCUUCACGCAUCCUCAUCCCCCUCCUCUUCGAGGAGCGGCAAGGCGCAAUCAUCGUCCGCAUCGUCGUCGUCAUCCUCGCCUUUUCUUGGUCAGAGCCUGUUGCGGCGGAGCCCAUGGAAGGGCAAGGCCAGGGCCGCAGACUCGGAGGCUCCGCACGGCGAUGGAAGCUUCACCAGCAUCUACCACCCCAGCAUCGCCUUUUGCUUCCGGCCACCGCUGCCUUCGCUAGGAGGUGGCGGCGGGGACGAGGGCGCAGGAUCGUCCUACGACUCAACGGUCGAGGCGCGGUCGCCGUCCUCGGCGCUCGCGCGUUCCGACAAUGGCCACCACCCGCACUACCGUCCGGUCAUCUCAUUCAGUGGCCGCACGCUCUACGUGGCCAGCGCCCACGUCCUUCGACACGCGCUCUCGGCGCUCUUCUACGACACCUCGCUCAGCGUCGAGACGGCCCGCUUCGAGGGGCGCUCCAGACCGGGCCAGUCGUGGCCAGGCAUCAGUCCGUACAUCCGCAACCACCAUCGCGGUGCCGAAUCGGACGGCGACGGCGGCAGCGUCUCGACGCCCGACCAGCUGACGAUCCGGUUGCGCUUCGAGGGCCUGUCGCGGAUGUCUUCGGUGGCCCACACCUACACGGUCCUGUUCCGCUACACGUUCGACCGCGACACGGGCACGGUCGUCAAGCAUAUAGUCGACAACAUCCAGCCGGUGCCCGGCAGCAAGGUGUGGGCGGGCCUCACCUCGGCCUGGGGCGUCCUCAGCCCGUGCGGUGGCGGUGUCGGCGGAGGAGGUGGAGGAGGGGCCGACGGCCUCGGCGGAGGGAGCCGGAGGAUGUCGGGGGCGAAUCGAAGCGGCGGCCACGCUGGCGACGCGCAGACCCAGUCUUGCUCGCGCCAGCCGUCACAGGGCGGCCCGCAGCCCGCAACAACGACGAGGGCGGGCGAUGGAGGGCGAGCAGAGAGGAAUCUCGAAGGGUGA